AUGUCUAAGGAGAUCAAUAAAGAGGUGACCCGGAAAAGAUACAAUGGUUAUGGUAACGAGAAGCAGCUGAAAGAAUGUGUGGCCAUUCUUGAUCUGGCUCGUGCUGAUUUCCUCGCGGUAUUGGCAAAACUUCAGGGUCCUAAAAAAGUUCCUGCGGAUCAGCUGGACAAGAACGACUGUCUGCUGGUCCUCUAUUAUUUGGAGGCCGUCGUCAUCCUGAAGCACCUACAGCGCCCUGGCGUUGUAACCAACAUGACCGUUGAGGAAUGGCAGGAAAGGAGACACACUAACAACGGCUGUUCUGUGGCCAUUAAAGAGCACAAAACGGCUGCAUCACAAGUGGCAGAAGUGCCUCUGAAUGCUGAACAAGAACAUUGGUUUGACAUAUACUUCAAACACAUUCGGCCACUGAUGCUCCAGGGAUCCAGAACAGGGGGCGACACGAUGGCAGAGGGCCAAUUCUUCAUCUCCAGCACGGGAAGGCCCAUCCACAACCCCUGCAAUGAUCUGGUCAGACUCCAUGGAAAGUACAAAGUCAAACCCGUGACCAGCGGUGAUGCCAGGAUGGCUUUUGAGACGGCAGCAAAGAACCUGCCGGAGACUGAUCGUAAUGCGUUAGCUCGGUUGUUGAGACACACCCCCGAAACAGCAGAGAGGCACUACCGCAUGAGGACUCCGGCAGACGCUCUUCUAGCGCAACGUGUCGUGGAGGACCUGGUUGCAAAAUCAAGUGCUGGAUCCACAUCUUACACCAGCCGAGAGCAGAAGGUGGAUGAGAGGACAGCAUUUGAAAUGCUUAUCCGGUCUUUCCCUGUCACCUUAGAAGGCCAACCUCCAAAGAAACCAAAAAGACAAGAGCUGUGUGGCGAGCACGAGCGGCACUGCUACGACCGCUGGCGUAGUGAGCAGCUGAAGCUACGUGAAUCAUGUGCCCUUGAACACUUUGGUCGACGUCACCCGUCUGUCAGUGCUAUUGAGGCCUGGAUUCAGAGCCAGGGGUGGUCUUCCAACCUUCCACAGGCUGCAUUGAUCCUGAGUCAGUGGGAGGAAGGACAGACAUGAAGACGU